AUGGCUGCAACGAUCUCGAAGGCACUCGAGAAGAAGCAGCCAAAGGAGGUGCGGUUUGUGGACAGCGAUCAGCAAUCAGGGGAAGCAAUGGCUGUUAGCGGCGAGUCUAUACAAGACGUAGAUGUUCAAGAAGCGCUUCGAAAUAUGUAUGAAUGGGGUGCCGCAGACUAUUCGGGUAAGACCUUCGUAAUUGAAAAUAAGCCGGAUACAGUCGACGUUCUUACGAAGGAUUUAUUGCAGCGUCUCUGCCCCAGUAUAAGCGAGAGACGUCUGGCGCGUGGUACUCGAGGGGGGGAGGCUAAUGAGCUUGACGAUUUCCAAGAUUACAGCUUAACAGCAGAGGAUGAUGGGUAUGCUGAGGAACAGUCGGCAGUGCCUACCGAAGUAAGAAUGAAAGGGGAGGCGCAGCACCGGCGAUACUCAGUCAAGGGCCAGCUGCCAACGUGUUGGAUCACCCUACAGGGAGGGAUGGGCCGAGCACUAAUCGACACUGGUUCGCAAUUGAAUGUGAUGCGAUUAUCAACAGCAAGAGCACUAAAUGUGUAUAUUACGAUGAUGGAUCAGUCAAUGCUACCGACGGAGCUUCAGCAGGGUAUGGUUACCGCGAAUGGAGGAAUGGACCCCUUCGUCGGCACAGCAUAUAGCGUGCCAGUUGCAAUUGGGGGAGUUGUAGUGCCAACACACUUUCGGAUAACAAGGAACCUUCAAAGAGCCAUUCUGCUAGGGACGCCGUGGUGCGCAGCGGCGCGUCUUCGAAUCGAAUUCGACACCUUUGGGAGAACGCUCUGCUUUAUUAAGUCGACAGACGGCCGCCGCGAAAUCUCAUUUGUGGGAUGUGACCCUGCCCCAACAGCCAACGCGCUGCCGCUAGAAGAUCAGGGAAAAGUCUAG